AUGGCACCCUCCGUUGCGCAAAUUGAAUCCGUCGUCUCCGACCCAAUCCAAGUCGCGAAGGAAAACUUGAAGACUCAAGCAGCCGAGAAAACCGGGGAGAUUGAAUAUGACACUAGCAAGACUCCCUCCUAUCCAGCCUACCUCCCUUACUUUGACGUCAACGAGAAGUUCCCUCCUCUGGAACUCUUUGACCACGUCGACCCUGGAUCGCGCGCUGACCCCAAGAAGCCCCAUCUUCUUACACCUAACGUCGAGACUACUCACAUCAGCCCCUAUCUCGGUACCGAGGUGAAGGGAAUCCAGCUCUCGUCUCUUGGAAAGGAGGGAUUGGACGAAUUGGCAUUGUUGGUCGCGGAGAGAAAGGUCGUCAUUUUCCGUGAUCAGGAUUUCAAGGAUUUGGGCCCCGAGCGCCAGAUCGAAAUAGCCAAGCACUUCGGCCCCAUCCACGUUCACCCGACCUCUGGAAACGUGAAGGGUUUCCCAGAGUUCCACGUCGUUUAUCGUGAUGCUAAGCACAACCGAUUCCAAGAAUAUACUGGAGGCAACCGCAUCAACCAUACUUCAUGGCACUCCGACGUCUCGUACGAGCGUCAACCUCCUGGCACCACCUUCUUCUUCAUCCUCGACCAACCCGAAGUCGGAGGAGGAGACACCCUCUUCCUGUCCCAAGUUGAGGCAUACAACCGCCUUUCCCCUGAAUUCCAGAAACGCCUCGAAGGUCUCAAGGCCGUCCACUCCGCCGUCUACCAGGCCGACUUCUCCAGGAAGCGCAACGGCCCUGUCCGCCGCGAGCCCGUUGAGACUGAGCACCCUCUCGUCCGCGUCCACCCGGUAACUGGAGAGAAGGCUCUUUACGUCAAUCAGGGAUUCACUCGUCACAUCGUUGGCUACCGCGCUGAGGAGUCCGAGUAUCUCCUCAAGUUCCUCUUCGACCAUAUUUCAAAGGGUGCCGACUUCCAGAUCAGGGCACGGUACGAGCCUGGAACUGUAGUUGUCUGGGAUAACCGAGUGACGGCACACUCUGCGACCCCUGACUUCAGCUCUACCUUCCGCAGGCACGCCGUCCGCCUCACGCCCCAGGCCGAGGUACCCUCAGAGAAAUUCUAA